CUCGACCAGAGAAAAAGUUGAACCACGAUCCACUCUACAUACUUGCAAUCCUAUUCUUUUUUACCUGUUUACAGCCUCCAGAGAUAAUCUUAGUCAAAAUGAAGGUGUCUGCGAUCCUAUUCUUCAUUCUUCCACUCCAGGCCCUGGCCGGUACUUGUUAUUUCUGUGAGAACACACCUCACGUGGGAUCCGUUUCCCCCACAUUUGACUGUGGUAAGAAAUGCGGUUUGGAUAACUACAACACCGAUAUCUCUACCUAUCACUGCUGGGAGGACAGCGAUGGAGCAGGCUCUUGUUUCAAGAAGUGCUGUGCAGCUGGUGGGACGGAGGCGACAACCAUUAGUGGGCUGUAAGUGUCCAGCUAAGGACAUAAAAUUGAGCGAAUGGAUCGGCGUACCCUGGUGUUUUGUCUGGGUGAAACAAGUAUGUUUGGAAACUUUUCAGUCUUGAGAAGCAUCUGGAAAUUGUCAAGAUAUGACUGAAAACCCAUAUGACCUACCAUGGCAUGGGUGGAUUCCAGGUGCCUAUGAUCUCGUUGAUGUCCAUCCCAGCUGCACGUCCUCCAAGAACAUCGGAACGAGCACUAUUUUCUUCCAUGUACCUCUCUCUCAAGGCAUUGGCAAUCUCGCUAUUGCAUUCACUCCGUGCAUGAAGCGCUAAGAGCAAUCUAUUC